AUGCGGGGUCUGCACGCGUCUCUCCAAGGAACAGCGAGAGGUGCGGCAAAGUUUGCUAUCGAUGUUGGGUACCACCACCUUGAUGGUGCCUUCCUGUACCAGAACGAGAUUGAGACUGGGGAUGCGCUACGAGAAAAAAUUGAGGGGGGAGUUGUGAGGCAAGAAGACCUCUUUAUUGUCAGUAAGCUCCACGAGAGACCCAUGGUGAAGGAGGCACACCAGAAAACACUUGCUGCCCUUCAACUGGAUUAUUUGGAUCUUUACCUGAUGCACUGGCCCAUAGGAUUUGAUGCAGGAGAGGAGCUACUUCCUGCAGAUGGAAAUGGCAUGAUCACUCCCAGCAACACAGAUUUUCUGGAUACAUGGGAGGCUGUGGAAGAGCUGGUGGAUGCGGGAAUGGUGAAGGCCAUUGGAGUCUCCAACUGCAAACAGAUAGAUUGGUUCCUGAGCAAACCAGACUUAAAACACAAACCUACAAAUAAUCAGAUUGAGAGCCACCCCUAUCUUCCUCAGGAAGUGCUGAUUAAGUUUUGCUAAUCUCCAGGGAUCUCUGUCACUGCAUAUUGUCCCCUUGGAGAGCCCAAUUGGCCAUGGUAA